AUGGACCUCGGUUUCGCUCUGAAGCUGCUGCGCGACGUCGGCAACGACGAGGCGCAGGAGGCCGCCGCGCGAGCGCUGGUGCUCCUCGCAGUCGACGACUGCAACAAGGCGGUGAUCGCUGCGGCGGGGUCCGUGCCGCUCCUCGUCGACCUCGUCGAGCAUGGCAGCGUCGGUGCCAAGGAGCAGGCCUGCUGGGCGCUCACGAACCUCGCGGUCAACCCAUGCCUCCGGCGAGUAAUCGCCGAGGCCAGCGGCGUCGAGACGUUGUUGCUCGCGGUGGUCGAAGACGACGGCAGCGACCUCUGCCAGGCGAUGGCCGCGGCCGCGCUGGCGAACAUGGCGUGGGACGACGACACCGCGGCUAUCAUCAUGGGCAUGGGCGCCAUCGAUGCGCUCGUCGACCUCGAGCGGAGCGGCAGCGCCCUCGUCAAGGAGAUGGUCGCCUGGGCCCUGGGCAACCUCGCGUGCUCCAGCCCCGACGUCCGGCUCGCGCUGGCCGGGGCCGGCGCGAUCCCGCCCCUCAUCGAGCUGCUGCGAAGCGGCACCUACGGCGCGCGCGCGCGCGCCGGCCGCGCCCUGGCCGUGCUCACCUCCCACAUGGCCGACGAGAAGGGCGUCCUCGCGCGGGCGCUCGAAGGCCUCGGCGCGCUCCAAGACCUGGGUCAGCUCGCAGGUUCGUGCGGCUGCACCCCGACGUACAAGUGCGGCCCGUGCGCGCACGCGGAAUUCAGCGUCAUCCAACUCUGA